AUGAAAGCGGCAACGACUCUCGCGUUAGCAUGGGCUCUAUUGACCUUGGCGACCAAUGGUAGAGCUCAUGUUAUUAAGGAUUCAACUACUACUCCACAAGUUUCAAGGAACAAUGGAAAUUUUGGACCGGAACUUCAUCAUCGAUCAUAUAUAUCACCAGAUUCCAUAAAUACUGCAAACCCUUCCUUUAACGCAUUGACCUCACCAAACAGAGGAUUAUCACCUCGAGAAAUUGCUAUUCUAUUUGUUAAAGAAAGUCUCCACCCAUAUGCUGAUUUUAUCGUUAAAAAUAUUUAUAAAUCCGAACAUAAUGGAAUCACUCACGUAUAUCUUAAACAAGUUGUUAACGGGUUACAAGUUAUUAACGGUGACUUAAAUAUUAAUAUUGAUAAAUUUGGUAGAGUAAUCUCUUACGGUGAUAGCUUUGUACUACCACCUAAUUUAACCGGACUUGAAAAAUUCUCGACAAAAGAUUCCUUUGAAGAUAGUGUCGUCAUAAAUAAUGGAAAAUAUUUUAUAACUUCUAAUCCUCGUCAAGUUAUCAUUUCCUCUCAUCCACCAAACCUUAAAGAAGAAAAGGUUAACGAUUAUGAUACCGUUCAAUAUAAGAUUAAUAGUGAAAUUGCAGAAACAAUAUCACCAUUUGAUGCGUUAAAAUCAUUUGCGACAUAUAUCAAUCAAACGAUUCCACCAUCAGAAAAUUUACGAUAUUAUGAAUCGUUUAAUGAAGAUGAUCAAGAGCAUUUGAUAUUUGAAAAGAUCCCUUUCGCUUUAUCACCCGUUAAAUUAUCACAAAAUUAUCUUCAAUUAGACGACAUGUCAUUACAAUUAGUUUGGGAUAUACAAAUUGAAAUGGAAAAUAAUUGGUACCACGCUCAUGUUGAUGCUCAAACAGGUGAAUUAAUAGCAUUAAUGGAUUGGGUCGCAGACGCGUCUUAUAAUGUCUUUCCGCUAGGGGUAAAUGAUCCUGAAGAGGGAGAUCGUGAUUUACAAAUCGAUCCUCAUGACAUCAUUGCCUCACGUAAUGGUUGGCAUAGUCAAGGAAAACGUAAUUUUACCACUACCAUUGGUAAUAACGUUUAUGCUCAUGAAAAUCUAGAUGGGAGAUGGGAAUGGGAGAAUAAUUAUAGACCUGAUGGUGAUGACUUAUUGUUAUUUGACUUCCCGUUGAAUUUAUCUGAUGUACCAAAGUCUUAUAUCGAUGCCUCUAUAACUAAUCUAUUCUAUUGGAACAACAUGGUUCAUGAUUUGUUUUAUAGAUACGGGUUCGAUGAAGUUGCUGGUAACUUCCAACAAGAAAACUAUGGUAAUGGUGGUAAAGACAACGAUCCAGUAAUUGCCAAUGCACAAGAUGGAUCUGGAUUUAAUAAUGCCAACUUUGCCACGCCACCAGAUGGACAACAUGGUAAAAUGCGCAUGUACGUUUGGGAUGUAAUCAAUCCAUGGAGAGAUGGUGAUUUGGAAUCCGGAAUCAUUAUUCAUGAAUAUUCCCAUGGAAUUUCCACCCGUUUAACGGGAGGACCAGCAAAUAGUGGAUGUUUAGGAUGGGGAGAAGCGGGUGGUAUGGGAGAAGGAUGGGGUGAUUUCUUUGCUACCAUCUUACGUAUGAAACCUUCAUAUGGUCGUGACAAGGAAUUUGGUAUGGGAAAUUGGGCUAACGGUGGUAAAGGGAUAAGAAAAUAUCCUUAUUCCACUUCGUUAAAAAACAAUCCCGAAACAUUUUCAGUCAUGGAUAAACCUGGUUACUGGGGCGUACAUGCUAAAGGAGCUGUUUGGGCAGAAAUGUUGUACGAAGUAUAUUGGAAUUUGGUAGACAAACAUGGAUUUACAUCACAAUGGUUCCCACCUACAAAUGAUACCAAUGACGCUUUGUGGUAUAACUUUAAAUCAUCCUCAGGUGUUCAUACACUUAAACAUCCUAAACAUGGCAAUACAUUAACAUUACAAUUGGUAGUUGAUGGUAUGAAAUUACAACCAUGUCGUCCAUCAUUUAUUACUGCACGUAAUGCAAUUAUUCAGGCUGACGAAGUAUUGACUAAUGGUGAAAAUAAAUGCGAAAUUUGGAAAGGUUUUGCUAAACGUGGUCUUGGAGUUAAAGCUAAAAUCAUUGGUGAUAAUCCUUGGGGAGGUGGUGUUCGUAAGGAAAGCUUUGCUGUUCCCGAGGAUUUAAAAAAGGAAUACAGGAAAUGA